AUGAGUGACGGCCAAAGGAACGUACUCCUUGGUCUAACUGGGAGCGUCGCGUCCGUUAAAGCUGAAGAAAUCGUCUCCCUUCUUAAACAGUUUGGAUUCAAUGUCAAAGUGAUUGCCACAGAAAAUGCUCUGCACUUCUUUGAUAAAUCAAAGCUAGACGUGCCGAUAUUUACUGAUCGAGAUGAGCAGAAAUAUUGGAAACAACGAGGUGACCCGGUUCUGCAUAUAGAGCUUAAAAAUUGGGCAGAUAUUUUUCUAAUCGCUCCUCUAUCUGCAAACACGCUGGCGAAAAUUGCCGGAGGCCACUGCGAUAACCUACUAACAUGUACUGCUCGAGCUUGGUAUUUUCGAGGCCAAACCAACCAGGGCAAGAAAAUAGGUAUUUUCGCUCCCGCAAUGAACACGUCUAUGUGGGACCAUCCUCUUACAUUUCAACACAUCGAUAUUCUCUGCAAUACGCUUAAUUGGACUAUGAUCGAACCCAUUACCAAGAAGCUAAUGUGCGGUGAUGUCGGAAAAGGUGCCAUGGAAGAACCCCACAAAAUCGUCGAUUUCAUCCAGAAAAUAAUCUAA